UUACACUUCUUUCUUGUUUAGGCCUUAGGGUUUGAAAAUGAGAAAACCGAACAUAACCCUCUCCCUCACUCUCUCCGCCUCCACCCUCUCUGUCUCCACUCCUAUGCCUCCGUCUCUCCGUCUCCAGCCCUUCUCCGGUAAGCAGAGAUGCUGUCUCCGACUCUCCGACCAUGCAUUUAUAUUCGCAAUGGGCGUUUCUGUUGUAGAUCUUCAAGAUGUAAAUCAAGUUUACAGCGGCCAUCGCCGGAGAAACCCCAUCACAUAGUUAAUCAAGUUGCAGAUAUCCAAUCUCUAGCCGCUGCUCUUGGUUCUAACGAGAUUGAAGCUCAAGAAUUUCAAGAAGAAAGCAGUAACAGUCCAUCUCAAAACCCGAAUACAUUCGCCGCCUUGCAGUGUAAAAUGAAGGACUAUGCCACUUAUGGUUUGGCCCAAGAAGCUUGGGACACCUUGAACGACAUGAAGAGGGUAUCCGGGAAACCUACUGUGUAUGACUAUAAUGCAUUUUUGUACUAUAAUCUGAAAUCGGGUAAUCUAUCAAUAGAAGAUUUAGUUGAAGUCCAUGGUAGGAUGAGAAUACUUGGGCCAUCUCCCAAUGCCCUGACUUUUAAUACUCUCCUGAAUGGAUCACUUUCUUUGGGUAGCUUGGAAGGAGCAUUUUAUUUCACAAAGGAGAUGUGCAGAAAUGGAUUUGUUCCUUCUUUUAGUUUUUUGUCAAAAUUGUUAAAAAGAUCUCUGGAAUUGGGAGAUUUAGUAUAUUCUCUUGAUGCAUUAGAGUUGAUGUUGGAUUUGGAUUAUUUUCCGACAGAACCCACUUCAAAUUUAUUGGUUAAUAGCUUCAUUAAGUCAGGAAAAAUGCAUGAGGCAUGUUUUCUGCUCUCUUUACUUUCUGAUAAGUGUUUUCUACCCAGCAUGCACCACAGUUACAACUCAAUUAUCUGGGCUUUGUGCAAAUCUGGUCAGACUUGUGUUGCUUCAGCUUUGUUUUGUUCUCUGAAAAAGAGGGGUAUUGGUCAUAAUGUUUGUACAUACACAGCCUUGGUUCAUGGUUUCAGUAGAGAAGGAGCAUGGAAAGAAGCUUUUCAUGUUAUGGAUGAAAUGCAGAGGGAGGGAUGUAAGCCUAAUGUUGUUACAUACACUAUACUGGUCAAGUUUCUUUCUGAUUAUGGGAAGAUCAAAGAGGCUCAGGCCCUGCUGAAUAAGAUGGAAAGGGAAGGUUGUGACCCGGAUUUGGUCACUUACAACAUAAUGCUGCAUGCACUUUGUCGUCAGGAUAAAAUUCGAGAAGCUUGUGAUCUGAUUGAGAUAAUUGAACAAAAGGGGUUACAUCCAAACUCAUUCACUUAUAGUGCUUUGGUUGGAGGGUUGUUAAAAGCUGGCAGAAUAGGGAGCGCGAAUAAGCACCUGCUUGAUAUUCUGCCCUUCUGAAAUCAUUCUACUCAUCAUUUUCAGCUUCAAGAUUGACUUGAUUGAUGUUGAUGUUAGUGAUGCUCUCUGCCGGGAUGUUGACCAUCAAAAGAGGUCAAUUACCUUGGCCGCAUCCCCUGGUACCCUUCCUGAUAUUAAGGUGUUGUAACCAUUUGCUUGUGGGGCAUUGAUUUUUAGAAGUGCUGCAUGUACAGUGAAUGAUAUUCUGGGUCGUUCUCCAAGGUUGAGCGCACAAAGUCGCAGCCAAUUGCAAGUGGUCUUUUGAUACCAUUUCAGGGCCUUAUCUUUCUUGGGUGUCAAAUGCUUUUGUAUCUUGAAUUUCUCCUUCAGCUAAACAAUUAUAGCUUGGGAAAUUGAUUGAAUGUCUAUAUGAAUGUUGAAGUGCCUUCAUAAUAAAAAGGGCAAACCAGUGCACGAGGCUCCCACCAAUGUGGGUCUGGGGAAGGACAAAUAUAUGCAGCUUUGCCUGAAGAUACACAGAGGUGAUGUUUUCAAGAUUCAAACCCUGGUAACCCAGGUCGCAAUGAAGCAACCCAACUGUUGUGCCAAGGCCCACCCUUGCCUUCAUAUUAUUCUAUAUCUUAAUAUCCUUGUAACCUUUCUGUAUUCUGUAAUGAUUGUGCCCACAAUGAAUUGAAAUAUAUGCAGGUUUGAUAGGUUGUUUCAAUUUAAAUCCAUUGGUAUUGUCAAGAAUGAACAUUAUCUAAUGGCCUAGAGCUGCAUGGGAAAUUUUGGGUGUAGGUCAGCAACUAUGAACUUCUUGGACUCGACCCCCUGGCUCUAAUAUCAUGUAGGCUUCUGUAGGCUGUUCCUGUAUGAGAAGAAAGCAGGAGAAAACUAUGGUUUUCAAGGAGUAUCUUAUCAACUCCUCAACCCAAAGCUAUUCAUAUUAGAGUUGAAAGAAGCAUUUACAAUUGCACCCUUAUACAAGUAGGAAAUUGCAACCUCAAGCAUAUUUAGGUUUAACCAUCAAUUGAGCAGCUUUAUUAGGAUGGGCUGCAGUCAGAGGAAAUCUGGAUUUCACUGUUGUCCUUCCACUAUAUGUUUCUGGAGUGUUUUGGUCACUUGUAUAUGAUACAAUUUAUGCUCAUCAGGUAGGAUAAUUCAACUCCAUGUAUCAGUCAAGCUGAAAUUUGUUAAUCUAUUGUUAAGUCACCCAAGACAUGAACUUUUGUGUUUGCUCCAAUAUAGGGAAAUUAGAUAUUUAAGUUGUAGGAAUUAGUUUCU